ACUCAAUAUUUGGAUUCACAUAUUUAUGACACUAAUCCAAGGUAUGAGUGUUCAAUUAACAUGAACAAAACUUUCUUACAAGUAAAACCCACCUAUGACCUAAAUGUGUCUCUUCAAUCAGCUUUGCCUAGAUUAGUAAACUUUCUGUACUACCAAAAGUCAGAAGAUGAAAAGUAAAAAAAGAAUAAGAGUGAAAGCAGCAAAGAGCCACAUCAUUGAACCCAGCUAAGUUUUCCCACCAUCAUCACAUACAUACUUGGCAUUGGCAUUGGCUCUAUUCAACUUGAAAAACCCCAAAGAUUCCAAAAUUUCUGAAAACCCAGAAACCCCAGGCUAAAAACCAGAGAGAGGUAGCUUUCAGAUUUUCUCUUCAAAUAGCUACAAAUCACACGUCUUGGCCUGUGCUUUUGUUUCUUGGCUUCAUGGCAGCGACGUGUUUGGCAUGAAACAAGUCACAGAGAAGUGAUUUUUGUUGGGUCAUUUUGUGAAAUAGUGAAUUGGGUGAAGUGGGAAGUCCAUUUGGGGAGAAGAUGUUGUGUGCUUGUUCAGGAGAGCAGUUCAAAUUUGAAGAGCCACCUCAGUCGCCGGAGUCAUUGGCUACCAGGGACUUCUCGGCGAGUGGCCUGUCUUCGAGGACCAUCGGAGAUUGGGACUUGGGCUCGAAAUUUGAUGACAUUCAAGUAGAUGAGGCUGAGUCCACUCUCAAAGAAGCUCUAUCUUUGAAUUAUGAGGAAGCUAGGGCGUUGUUGGGGAGGCUUGAGUUCCAGAGAGGGAAUUUUGAUGCUGCUCUUCAGGUGUUUCAGGGUAUUGACAUUAGGAACUUAACCCCAAGAAUGGCCAAGGCCAUUGUCGAGAGAAUUAGGCACCGAAAACCGCGUGUGAAAGGCGAUAGCUAUGUGAUGCUCAAUGUGAUGUCCUUGCAUUCAGUGAGCUUACUGACUGAGGCAAUAUUGCUCAAGGCAAGAUCACUUGGGGAGCUCGGAAGGUUUAGAGAGGCUGCAAAGGAAUGCAAAGUUAUUCUUGACACAGUUGAAUUGGCAUUGCCUAACGGAAUGCCUGAAGAAAUUGGUGAGGACUGUAAAUUGCAAGAAAUGUUUCACAAAGCACUUGAGUUGCUCCCUAUUUUCUGGACCAAGGCAGGGUAUCUUGAAGAAGCGAUAACUGCAUAUCGCGGGGCUCUGAUCAAGCCAUGGAAUUUGGACCCUGAGAGGUUGGCUGGUGUUCAGAAAAGCUUAGCUUGCACUUUACUGUAUAGUGGUGUCGAAGCAAGCCUUCCACCUCAGCUGCAAGUAUGGGGUCCAACUACACCCAAGAACAAUACAGAAGAAGCAGUCCUGUUGUUGUUGAUACUUAUGAAAAAGAUGGCAUUGAAUCAAAUAAAGUGGGAUUCAGAAGUUAUGGAUCAUCUGAGUUAUGCACUUUCUGUUACUGGACAGUUCGAAUUAUUAGCUAAUCAUUUCGAGCAGGCCCUUCCGGGGUUGUAUGGUCGAGCUGAGAGAUGGUACUUGCUUGCACUUUGUUACAGUGCCUGUGGACAAAAUGAAGAAGCACUGAACCUUUUGAAAAAAGUUGCAGGCUGUUCCGAAGCAAAGAACAAGCCCCAUUUCCUAUCUUUUCUCUUGGGAGCAAAGCUAUGUUCCCUAGAUACGGUUCAUGCUCAUGAAGGGAUAGAAUUUUCGCGUAAAGCUAUUGACUUGGUCAGUGAUCAGUGCGAGCAUUUCAUGGGUCAAGCACAUAAGUUUCUUGGUGUUUGCUAUAGUGGUGCAGCAAGAGCAUCUAUAUCUGAUUCUGAAAGAACUGUUUUUCAGAGAGAGUCUUUGAACUCUCUAAAUCAUGCCGCUCUUAAUGGGAAGGGGGAUCCCGAGGUAAUGUUUAGUCUUGGCCUCGAAAAUGCUGUGCAAAGGAAUUUAGAUGCAGCUUUCAGUUAUACAAUGAAGUACUCAGAUAUGGUGGCUGGCAGCUCAGGACACGGCUGGAAGCUAUUAGCCCUCGUAGUUUCUGCAGAGCAGCGAUUCAACGAUGCUGAAGCCAUAGUGGAUUUUGCUUUGGAUGAAGCAGGAAGAAGAGAUCAAUUAGAACUGCUCAGACUGAAAGCGGUGCUUCAAAUUGCUCAGGAACAUCCCAAGCAAGCAAUAGAAACCUACAGAAUGUUGCUAGCUUCUGUUCAAGCACAAAGGAAUUCAAAAGCAAAGAACUUUGAGCAAGGAAGGACCUUUGAUCCUGAGGUUUGUAUUCCUUGGUUUCUCUUUGAAGGCACCAAGGUUUUUGCUUCUGUGUUAAAGUCUUCCUUCUUUGUUCUGCAGGCAAUUCUGGAAAGAAACUUGGAAAAGGAAGCCUGGAGGGACUUGGCAGCCAUUUAUACCAAACUUAGUUUGUGGCCUGAUGCAGAAAUAUGUAACAAUAAAGCCAAGCUAAUUGAGUUUUAUUCUCCUCAAAGUUGGCAUACGACAGGUACGUUAUUUGAAGCUCAAUCCAAGCACAAGGAAGCCCUCAUUUCGUUCUCAGUAUCACUGUCAAUAGAGCCAGAUUAUGUUCCAAGCAUCGUUUCAACUGCAGAAGUAUUGAUGAAACUCGGUACUGGAUCACUCCCUAUUGCAAGAAGCUUUUUAAUGAAUGCUCUGCGAUUAGAACCCAUAAACCAUGAGGCUUGGUUGAAUCUUGGAAUGUUGUCGAAAAUGGAAGGCUCAUUGCAGCAAGCAGCAGAAUUUUUCCAGGCUGCAUAUGAGCUUCAGCUGUCAGCUCCGGUGCAAAGCUUUGUGUAAGCAAUGGUUUCGCAGUUAGUCUUAAGCAUACCACUUCAAGAGUAAUAGACUAAUUAUGCAUAUUCCAAGUAUUAUAAAUGUACAGCCAUCUUGGCUACUUUAGUCCCUCUUAUCGAAGUCAAGGGGUACGUGAGAUCUGUAUAUCUUGGUCAUUAUUCUAUUUUUUGUAGUCGCAUGAUUAGUUACUUUAUAAUGUCUUGGGCAACAUCAAUUUAAAAUCAUUUGCUCUGUUCUUUUUGGAGUUUCA